GGUGACGUCAGGCCGCUCGCCGUGACGCGUGCGCUCAGCGCGGAGCAGAACCGGCCCGCCCGGGGAGGGAACCGCGCUCCGUGAGGGAAGCGAGCCGGCGGCCGCGAGUUUCUGGAAUAUUUGGAAGAUGGGCAAGGUGUGUGCUGUCUUUGGAGGAUCCCGUGGGAUAGGCAGAGCUGUGGCAGAGCUCCUGGCGCACAAGGGCUGCCGCCUGGCCAUCCUUGCUAGGAACCUGGACGUGGCCCAGAGCACUGCCCGUCACCUUGGGGCAGGACAUCUGGCACUUAGCUGUGAUGUAUCCAGUGAACAAGAAGUCCAAAAGGCUUUUGAGGAGAUGCAGAGGAAUUUGGGUCCUAUUAACUACUUGGUUAAUGCAGCUGGGAUCAACAGGGAUGGUUUGCUACUGAGAACCAAGACUGAAGAUAUGAUAGCCCAGAUUCACACAAACCUUUUGGGGACAAUGUUGACAUGCAAGGCUGCGCUAAAGGUCAUGAUUCAGCAGCAGGGAGGUGCUAUUGUCAAUGUAGGGAGUAUUGUAGGACUUAAAGGCAACUCUGGUCAGAGUGUGUAUAGUGCUACCAAAGCAGGAUUAGUUGGAUUUUCACGCUCUCUUGCUAAAGAAGUAGCAAAAAAGCAAAUUCGAGUCAAUGUUGUUGCUCCAGGCUUUAUUCACACAGAGAUGACAGCUCAUUUGGAAGAAGAUCAGCUGAAGAAAGCAAUUCCCCUUGGAAGAUUUGGAGAGCCUCAUGAAGUUGCACAAGCUGUUGUCUUUCUUCUAGAGUCCCCAUAUAUUACAGGGAGUGUUCUGGUUGUAGAUGGAGGCUUGCAGCUUAUGACCUAAGUACUGCCUUGAAUAAAGGACUGCUUCAAUGUCAUGAUGCUAUGAAUGUGGUUCAGGACCUUCACUUCUUAGCUCUGGUGUUCAUUGCAUCAUGAUCCAGAUGUUGAUUCAGCUUUUGAAAUUGCUUCCCAUCUUGGCACACACCACAAUACAGAAAGAAGAGAUCUCACUGAUGAUAACUGUGGCUUUAAAGUUGGAGAUUUUCUUCCUUUGUGCAGCUGAGAAAUUUUGUCUUUGUGCCAGAAAACAAUACAUGUUCAAGCUUCUUGCAGGUAUGUAUUGAGAAAUAAUACAAGGAGUACUUGUAUGAUCAGGAGAUUUUACAGUUGGUUGUGCUACUCACUUUGGAAUAUAAAAUACCAUAGAAGUAAUCCGUCCAGGACUCCUUAUCUUCCUGUUAUCGCUGUUAUGUGUCAUAUGUGUCUUUGCACCAAAAAUAUAAUUGCUAAUUAUGUUUUUCCUUGAUAGAAGGAGUUGGCCAGAGAUGAUGUGAAUUUUUCCAAGGGCACUGAAGGUGAGGAAGGACAGCUGGUACAUUUUCACUAGUCAAGUAGGAAUAUGUCAGUGACUUGGCUGCUGCCCAUACCUGCCCUUGGUCUUUUACAAACAAACCCUGUGUGACAUUUCUUGACUAAAAGCCAAACCUAAGAAACUAGAAAUAAUUUUCUUUUAGUAAGUUCUGACCCUAAUUAUUACUAUUAUCCUUUUUUUGGGGGGUAAGGGAGUUGUUAAAUAAGUUAUUAGCAAUUGAAUUUUUAGUUUAUAUUUGUGAUUAAAACCUGAAAUAAUUCUGUCAGAAGAAUCUCAGCAUGCCACAGAGUAAUUUCUUUAAGAAGUUCCAGUACAUACUAUGUUUUUAUUAUUGCUGUUGCCAUAGGGCCAGACUGAAGUGUUGGUAGCUUUAAAUCACACUUUUAAAAAGCUUCCCCCCCCCAUCCCCCCACCCCUUUCUUUGAACUGGUAAAUUAGAACAGAAAACUGGUUAACUUGAUGCUGGGUCUGUCUGGCCUGGUGUGAUGUCCUGGACAGGGGAUGUAGGGACUGUGCAGGGUAGGUGACAGAUCAGCUGUGUGUCUCCUUAGAAGACUCUGGUACCUCCAGCAGUUUGUGACUGGGAUAUUUGAAGCCACCAGUGUGCAGCUCUGCUUGAGGCCUGCAGGCAUUAGAAACAGCCCUCAGGUGCUCUCUCUGUGUUGCUUUUGAAUUUGUAGACUUCUUAUCUUAUCCUGCCUGCCUUAGUUGUUUCUGUUUUGUACUGAAGAGUCAUAUUUCUUUUAAUUACUUGUUGCUGGAGAGCUCUUUUGUAUCUUAAAUUGUCUUUGUUGAACUUUGCUUUACUCUUCCAGUUUUUCAAGGAGGGAUCACCAGGUAGAACUUCUUGCAGAAUUCACUGUGGAUCUAUUUUAAAAAAUGAAAUUAUUUUAUGUUUUAUUUUAUACUGUUUCCAAAAAUGAUGCCUAGGUGUUUUGCUUUUUCCUAACCUUUGCACUUAUAUUUUCAGAACCGUAACUCAGUCCUGAAUAAUUAACGGUCAACUUGGAGUUAAUUUCCAUAUAUAUGUGCAAAAGUCUGAAUUUUUGUAUUUUUUUCAGCAUGAAUUGUUCUCAAAUAUCUACAGUGAGUUUGGUUUUCCUGAUUUUAACACCUAUUUCCUCGGUGAAAUCAUUCUGCAAUUUUCAAAUUCCUUUAUCUCUUUAUUACUUUAACUUAGUGUUACUGGAAUACACUGUGGCAUUCAGAAACUGCUGUCUCAGAACCCUUAGAAAUAGGUUGUACUUUGCCUUCCCCUACAGAGGAACUGUGGUAUUUUAUUGGCACUGCACAUCCUUAGGGGAGAACAACUGCUGAUUCACACCCUUUGUCUUCUAUCUUUAAACAAUGUACUGAUAUGACAACUUCUUUUGGCAGCACAGCAUCUUUAAUAGUUUUUGGCAAGGGACUGUGUCAGAUGCCUUUUAGAAUUUCAAGUAUUCACCAUUAUUAGAUCUCCAUACUCUCAUCUCUUUUAAGUUCUUUUUUAGAAGAACUCUAAAAUGUUUAUCAAACAUGACUUUCAUUUGCAAAAGCUACUCUAUAUGUUUAUCCUGUUGUUUUCCUUGACUUUAGAACAAUUUCUGGCACUUUGCUAUGUACAGAAAAAUAGAUUUGGGCUUUAAUUCCUUGGGUCCCUGUGGAAUCUCUUCUCAAAAAACAAGUGGCCCUUCCACCCACUAAUAUCACAAGAACUUGCUGUCACGUUUGCCAGCUUCCGGUCACUCGAGGCAGGUUUCACUCAGAAGUUUCCCACUGCAGUUACUUGGUUUCUGUUAGAACUGGGGAGUGAAAGCCUCAUCUUUCCCCUUUGUCACUUUCCUCUGUAACCUCUCCCAGUGUAAAGGAAGGUGUAAAACCUCCAACAAGGUGCCUCUAGAAGUUCUCCUCGAGUUCCUCCAUGGUACCAAAAACUGAUCAUAGGGAUUUGUUCAGAGUCUGGGGAUUUUUUUUUCCUCAGUAGGUUUUCCUUCCCUGAGCACUUUGCUUUUUAUUUGAUCAUCUGCUUGCCUUCUUCAGGCAUAGUUCCUGUUCCUGAGGUGUCAGUGCGCUUUUGCAGAUUAUUCCUCUGAACUCUAUCUGGCUGUAAAUGUUACAUUCAUUGACUGAUUAAAUUUGACUCCUAAAGCUAGAUUGCUGGUUUUACAAAGGUUGAUGUUUACAUGCUAGGAGCUUCUCCCUUUCCACAAUAAUUUGAUGUGUGUAUUUAAAAUCGUUGUACUGAAGUUCAGUACAUUCAAUCUUGCUGUUGUUAUUGGGCUACAUCUUAAUUUUAACUUGUCUUUUUGGCUUAAUUUAAAUAUUUUAUUAUAUGUUGCUUAUUUUUUAUGGAAGUCUGUGGUAGUGGACUUCUGUCUUUAUUAAAAACUUGGUCAAUAGAAAUAAAAGUGAAAUAAAUGCAGAAAUAAAAGUCACCAUUAAAAAAAAAUCACUAUUUGAAAGUAGCAUUUUGGCUCAGGCUGGGUGACCACAGCCAGAGUUGGGUGGCCCUGAUCAGUUGCAUGAAAAAGAAUAUAUUAAAACAGUGAUCUUGGCCUCUUCAGUGUGACAUUUAUCCAACAUGCUCAUGAUUGCUGUCUGUCAGCACAGUUACAUUGCUGACCUUAGACAUCUCAGAUGUCAUAGCUAUGGCCACACAUAUCCAUCUUAAAGGUGGGAGUACCAAUAUCAUCUAAUAAAAGAGUUUACCUUGCUAGGUUUGGAAAUUCAAUCCAUGUUUGACUGGAUUUAAUAUGUUGAUAUUUAUUUUUAUGACUCUUCUAUAUGUUUUGUAUCAAUAUCUUUUUUAUCUUACAUCCAUCAUAUUUCUGCUAUGUCUGUUUUGUCACCGUCCUUGAUUAAAAGCAGACAUCUGGGCUUUACAUCUUGUGCUGCUGGCAUUUAUGCCAAGCUGUAUAUGAAUGUUUGGGGUUUUCUACAUAUGGGUGUUUGUGAGUCAGACUGCACUUGACUGACUUAAAAUGAUUACUCAAUUGAAUUUUUAAAACUUCAGUGCACUAUCAUAUUAGAUAUAGUUUCUGUGAUUCCAUUCCUAAUGGAAAUGAGAGAAUGUGCUCUUAUCCAUCUGAUGUUUCUUCACCUGCUAUGUUGCUUUAAAAUCUCCUACAAUCUCUUAAAUAUAAGUAUCUUUUUCCCUCUUUUUAUCCUUAAGAAUAGAGUAUUUUCUGGAUUCCCACUACUCCAUGUUUCUGCAGUUUCUAAAGAAUCUGUAGUCCUGUUCUUAGAACUGUUUUUUCAGGCAUACAUUGGAACUUUGCCUCAUCCACCUAGUUUUGGGAGCAUUUAAAGAAGGCUGCAGUGCAAAUCUGGUAUUUAACUUACUCUGUGUUUUAUUCCACAUCUUUUCUCCUGCCCCACCCCAUCUCUCUGGUUUGUACAUGACCUUUCACUACCACCACAGGAUUUGUAAAGUGACCAUCAAGGCAGGUUUUGAGGGUGGUUGCUUUUGCAGCUGUCAUUUAAUUCAGCAUGCAGUCCUCUUACAAUGCAACCCUCUUUCUGACUCACCCAUAAUGAUUGCUUUGAGUUUUUACUCAGCUGGGUUCCUGCUUCAGAGAGGAUAUCCUUACUAAAAGAAGGUUACACUGUCAUUUCUGUGACCUGCCUUGUCACUACCAAGUUAGGAAACCUAAAAUUGUUCCUCUGUUGGCUUUGAGUUUGGUUCAGUUCAAAGUUCAUAGGUAGUGUGGUUUGCACGUUCUGGGGUUUAGUUGAAGCACAUUGUAGACCUAGAAAGUUAACAGUUUUGUAUGUCUUCUCUGCAUUCUUCUAAUCUUUGGGAAGAUGAUGGACUACUCUUCUUCAUCUUUUUUCCUAGGCAGGACAGUGGAGCCUUACUUCUGCUUAUCUCUCAAGAAAUAUGUUUGUAACUUAGAAUUUGCUGUAGUGAGCUCACUGGCUAACACAAACAGUCUUUUCUUGCUCUUGAGGCAUCUGUUGCAAUGGAUGGGCUGGAUGGGCUCUGAGCAACCUGGUCUAGUGGGAGGUGUCCCUGCCCAUGGCAGGGGACUUGGAACUAGAUAAUCUUUAGGGUUCCUUCCAACCCAAGCCAUCUGUGAUUAUUGUCAGUAAAAUUCUGUAGCAGGACACAUAAAAUGUUCAUGAGGUGGUUUUGGUUUGGGAUUUUUUUAAAAUAUUGCAGCUGUAAGGAGGAGCUCUGGUGGUGAACAGCUUUUGCAGACUGUGGUAACAGAAGUAUAUAUUGUUGGCUGAGGUGGUGCAUGCUGAGUGAGGUAGGGUUGUAUCCCAUGAAGAGAUUUCACUGUGGCCUCCUGAGGGCAGUCUAUCCUAAGGCAUUAUUGUAUUGGUGAUGACUUGGUGAGUAAGCCUGUAUUGUUUUAGGGAAGUGGAGUUGCCUGUGUAGAUGCAAAGCUGAUGUUGGCAUCCCUGUUACUGGGUUUGUAAAAUCCUGUUCCAUGUAUCCUGAGCUGCUGGGGGUUGUAAAGCAUGACUUUUAAAGAUGGAAAGGAUUUCAUACUGAGAUCAGUGAAAUUUGGAUAGGAAGUGGAUAUCUUAAUCCCAGCCUGCAAAAUCUCUUUGUUAUAUCAGUACCUACAGUUAAAUAUACAUUGUAAUGAUUAUUUAUUGCUGUUAGACAAAUUUUCCUACUUUCAUGUGUUGCACAGUGUGAGGUUGUAUUACAUGACCUGGAAUUGUAUAUUGGCUGUUGCAAUUAUGCAACUUACUUUUUUGGAAGAACAGUGUAGUUCAUUUAAGUAAAGCAAAUGAAAAAUGAACUCCUCAAGUCCAGGUGCUCCCACUUGAUUCAGUUAAUCAGUGUUUGAAAAGACAGGUCAAGUGUAGUUGUGGAGAGAAGUCAUUGGCUAUGCUUAGUGCCUGAAGAAGUAAGAGCUCUGCUAAGUCCCAAGUUAUAUUUGAUUUUCACACACACAUUGUGUCCAAUUUCAGAUCAUAUGCUAAAGGCUUCAUUUUGCUGUAGAUAUGUCUGUUAGUAAAAAAAUGCUACCUGUACCUUGCCAAACACCUUUGGAUCAGCACGUCUAUAAUCACAACUGGUCUGGUAUUUUUAUGGUUUUAUUUUUUAUUUUUAUUUUUUUUAACAACUCGUAUCUGGUAAGGUCUGGGAUAUGUUUUGUUCAUGGUAUAUAACAAAACUGCCAGUUCAAAUGUGUUGGUAUCAAAUGCAGUGGGACAGCACCCAAGUACAAGCCACCAAAGCUUCCUUGGUACCAUUACACACACACUAGGGCAGUGUCAGUGGGAGCGUGGGGGGCAGAUGUCACUGAACAAAUGGAGUUGUGUGGGUGUUCCUCACCAUUUCCCAGGCUGCUGGCUGAUGGUACUGAGGUGCCCUUGCAUGUGCAGUGUGCUGAUGAGUUUGAAAUUGCUGCAUGAUUUUGAACAGUUUGUUUAAGAGUAAGUGCAAAAUGAUUAUAUGGUAUUGCUGAAGCUUGUUAGUGAAGCAGUUUGAUGUUUUGUGAAUUCUGACUUGCAGAUCUCCCAGCUCAGUAUUUUUAAUGCUGAAUGCACUCAACUGCUUGUUCCAGCUCUGUGCUAGAGGCUGUACUGUCAACACUUGGAUGCCAGUGAUCUGUUAAAAGCUCUCAGUUGCAGUGUUCCUCUCAGUAUGAGCUUUAUAUGAUCUUUUUAAUUCUGAUCCUCUCAGUAUGACCUUUUAUCCUAGUUUUUCAGAUAGUUGGUAAAUUUCUACUACAGACUUCCUACAACUGUAAAGAGGGAAUAUAGUAAUUUCUCAUGUUUUGUAUAGAUGUCAUUUAGUGUGCAUGUAUGAGUUUUGAUGGUGAGAUGUCCCUGUCAGCAGCAGACUGGAACUGCAUCCAUUCUUUGCAGGCUCUUGUAGCUGUGUUGUUGGAAUGCAUAUAUAGAACAGAGAGCAGCUAUAAAUUUAUAGUUCACCUUAAUUUUCAGGACAGCAACAUGGGAGAGGUCCUUAAUUCACAAUAGAUUACAGGUGUGGUUCCUGUUGUAUAGCAAGUCUUAUCUUAUUUUCAGCACCUUUUGCAGUAGCUCAGAAAGGUCCUGUUCGGCAGUCUGGGUUUUGUAGCCUCAGUUCUCUACACUCUAUGAUGUCUGGGCCAAGAGUUGUCCAAAAAAGCUUGAUGACAAUAUGUUUCCCUGGAACUGUGUUGUUAAGCACACAGGAGAAAAGUCCUAACAUAAUCCAUUUGGUGUGAUGAGAUUUGUGGAGCUCCUGUAAGUGCUGUAAUCAUUCUGUGCAAUGGCCAUGUACUGUUACUUUUUUCUGCUUUCUUGUUCUGCAGCUGUUUCUGGACCAUGUAUGCUAUUGCAGAACUAGAAAGUGAUAGCAGUUACAAGACUUGGCCAGUCCCCAGGGUUACCUAUUACACUGCAGUUGUUUUAUAAAGCACAAAAUUUCUCCUUCUAGGUGGUGUUGGAGUUCAUCUCCAUCUGUAUGGCUGCUGAAAUAAUUUCUGUGCAGAUCCUGCCGCUCCUUGUCUGGCUUUUGUGCUCUAGAUGUGACUGAGCAUUAUGUUCCAAACACAUUUUAAGUAGAGAUGCAGUGCAGUGUUAGAUAAUUUUAUGUUUUAAUUACUUCUGUUAAAGAAUGCAAAAUGGCCUAAUUUUGAAUUAGAGUUGCAAGCUUUAGGACAAGUCAAAGAAUACUGUGUGCUGUCUGGAAUACAUUGUACAUUCCUUGGGGCAGGAACUGUGUUUCCAUCUGCCUGAUGUGUUUCACGUGCUCAUAUUUCUGUUCAAACAGAAAAUCUGUGCAGAGGGAAGGCUGUUUCUUUUAGUUCAGGAGAGUGAUAUAAAUGUCAGCAAAUUCUGUCCCUUGCCUGUACAUUUGAAUGGUGAGGGAGUGAAUUAGCCAACAUACAUAAUCCAAGCAGGCAUUUCUAGUCUAUGCUUGAAUUUGUUUGUAGUGCACAGUGUGGGUUUGGCAGCUGGGUCAUGCAGUCAGAGCAUGCAGCUCAUCCCCUCAGCAUCAUGGCAUGUUGGAUAAUGUGAGCUCAUGAAGUACUUACAUAUGAAAUCUGUUUGGGCUACUUGCAGCGGUGAGGAUGUAGCAGUCCAGAUGUGGAAAAUCAAGGCAUUUCUUAGCAUACACCCUAAGUGAAUUAAAAUAGACCUUGAAAGAGGUGAUACAGAAAGAAACAAUGAUUUAUAAGCUGGGGUUUCAAGCUGGACUGGUUUUGAUCCCCAACUGCCAGUUAACUGUGAUGGAAGCAAAUUGUGUUUGUUUACUAAUGGUUGCUGUUGCCUUAAAGCUGUAGGAUAAAGGCACUGUGGGCUAAGGUACACCAGCAGCUGCAACAACCUUCAUGCAUGUGGGAUUUUGCACCUCACUGCUGGUACUCUUGACAGAGGUUUCUGUUGUCAUCCUGAUCAUUGCUGAACUGAGUCUCUGAUUGUUGUGAAUAUGCUUGGACCGAUCAGCUUCACGUAUAAUUAGCAGUCUUCCCAUACCUAAACUGGAAGUCUUGCAGAAAGUCAAGGCUCAUUUUUAUAGUCUUAAAAAAUGACAAAAGUACACUCUCAGGUCAUGCUAUCUAUCUUUGGACUAUGUGGAAGUUACUUUGAUGCUUCCAAGAAUUUUUGCUUUUUGGCUUGAGAAGUUAACUUGCUUAUGCCACGCUUCUAUCUCUGACUCUGUAAGCCCAAACAGUCCCGGUAACUAAGUAACAGCACAGCUGAAUGUUUUCAUAAAAACAAUGUUGCUGCUUAGAGAUGUGAUUUACUACUUAAGUGUGUCUGUACAUAUAUACAGAGGCAAAAAGUGAUGAUGACCUCAUCUUCAACAAGUCUCAGUUUUUUAGUCCCCAAGCCAAAGGCAAACUUGCUGUGAGCAGACACAACUCCAGUGAUUUCAGUUGCAGUAUCACCAUUAAUGUCAGUGCUCACUUAAUUGCUGACAGAAGCCUGUUUGUAGUGAUCAGUGCUUGAAAUGUAAACCCAAAAGAAAAAAUGGAUAAUUUUGCAUCUUUCCUGGUAUCUUCACAUUGAAAAAAGGAGAUACUAGUUAACAUGUUAACUAGUUAACAUGAUUUUGUAAGUAAAUCUGACUUUUUUUUAGAAUUCAAUUUUGAUAUUGUCUUGUUACUCUUAAAUGAAUUUACCAGUGCUCAGAACAUGUCUUUUGCAUAGAAUCAAUCAGCUGUAAGUGAUGACAUAUUGCAAUUAUUAAAAAUACAAAACAGACCUGCAUAUCUUCUAGCCUAUUAAAAAAAAAAGUAUCUUCCAGUUCCUCUAUUUGGCAAAAGUUUCUCAGAAUUUAUAAGUAAUGUUCCUCUGUUCUGUUCAAGCAAGAUUCCAGGUCACAAAUAGAUUAUUCUGAUAAAUUCUAGUAGUUUUUAGAUGCUGCAUAUAGGCCUCAUUUAAUCUGUAUUCAUGAUAUUUAAAAUUUCCAAAUCUUACACUUGAAUGCUUGUACCAAAAAAGUUAUUAAUCUUUACCAGAAGGAAAACUUUCUAUUUGUGUAAUAUUUAUUGAUGCUAAACCCACAUUAUAUCAGCACAACAGUCCAAAGUAAUGAUAAUACAUUUUUAUAAAUACAAAUAAAAAGUGGCAAAAUAAUGCUAGUGAAGCUAAACAAAAAAGUAAAUUAGCAUGUCACAGUUGAGGAAAAUUUGGCAAAAGAUAUGACAUACUCUAGAAUAAAAUCAGAUUAUUCCCACCUGACAGACUGACAUUAAUCUGGAUUAACCAUCCCCAUUACUAGUCAUAUCCUGCACCAGAAUAGUACUACCUUGUGUGCUAAAGUUUAUUAGUCACUAAAAAACAAAACAAACUUUGUGUACUUACAAAGCAAUACAUGUAUAGCAGUAAUGCAAUAUAUGGUGUACACAAUUACAAAAUAAAAAAAAAAAACAACAAACCCCUAAGUACAGGACUUCUGAAUAAAUGAACUGAGAUAAAAGAUUUCAACACUUUUAUUAUAAAUAAUGAAAGAUACCAUAUAUGUGCUUCAUAUAAGGAAUACAGUGUUUUCCUUUCCUAGCAAAGGAUCGUAGCUCGUACCAUCAAACACUCAUUUUCCUUGUCAGGCCUAGUAAUUUUUCCAUCCAUUCUCCUUCCCUCCCAUUCAACUGAAAUUCAUUUGCUUCUAAUUUAAAACUACCCAGUCAGGUGUGACUUAAUUGGGGCUCCACUUCCUGAUGGAUUUGCCUUGCAUUCUGUAAGUAGCCUUCAGGCUUUUCACCUAUGGUGCACGGACUCUACCCCUCAAAAGAGUUGACAUUUGCCUGCAGUCAAGAGAAGGAAAAAAUAAAAUCUACCAGAGACAUGUUACACUAAGAAGAAAAAACAAAAAGCAAAUUGGAUUUUUUUUGCCUAUCUUCAUUUUCUACUUCCUCAAAUUUGCAAACUAUCACCUGUGGUGUAUACUUGUCACUUAAAUCUGUAGUGUAGUUUUAGUUUCAAUCCAUUUUUCACUUACUAUACAUUUCUAAAAUCC